AUGAGCAGCCGCCUCUGCGGGCUCCGCGGCUCCGGCGGCUCCCUCCCGGCCGGGCGCGACCGCAGAGCCCCGCGGCCCCGACGCGCCUAACGCCGCCGCCGCCGCCUCGGCCGCCGCAGCGCCGCCCGCAGCAUGUCUCGGAGGAAGAUCUCGUCCGAGUCCUUCAGCUCGCUGGGCUCCGACUACCUGGAGACCAGCCCCGAGGAGGAGGGGGAGUGCCCCCUGUCUAGGCUCUGCUGGAACGGCAGCCGCAGCCCGCCCGGACCGCCCGAGCCCCGCGCGGCCGCCGCGGCCCCGGCCCCGGCCCCGGCCCCGGCCGCCGCCGCCGCCGCCGCCGCAGCUGCCGCCGCCGCCGCCGCCGCCGCCACGGCCGGGGCCAGGAGGGCGCAGCGCCGGAGGCGGGUCAACCUGGACUCGCUGGGCGAGAGCAUCAGCCGCCUGACGGCGCCCUCGCCUCAGACGAUACAGCAGACUCUCAAGAGGACCCUGCAGUAUUACGAGCACCAAGUUAUUGGUUACAGGGAUGCAGAAAGGAAUUUCCACAACAUCUCCAACAGAUGCUCCUAUGCAGACCAUUCCAACAAAGAGGAAAUUGAAGACAUCUCAGGAAUUCUUCAGUGCACUGCUAAUAUACUUGGUUUGAAGUUUGAGGAAAUCCAAGAAAGAUUUGGCGAGGAGUUCUUUAAUAUAUGCUUUGAUGAGAAUGAGAGAGUCCUUCGAGCUGUGGGCGGCACAUUGCAGGAUUUUUUUAAUGGCUUUGAUGCUUUGUUGGAACACAUUAGAACUUCUUUUGGAAAACAGGCCACUCUGGAGUCGCCAUCAUUCCUAUGCAAAGAGCUCCCCGAAGGCACUCUGACGCUCCACUAUUUCCACCCUCACCAUACUGUGGGGUUCGCAAUGCUUGGGAUGAUUAAGGCCGCAGCCAAGAAGAUCUACCGGCUGGAUGUGGCGGUGGAGCAAGUUGCCAGUGAGAAGCUGGGCUCUGAGGCUUCGAACCCGGGCAACUGUGGUUGUCUUACUUUCCUUAUCAAAGAAUGUGAAAACACCACCAUCACGAAGAACCUUCCCCAGGGCACCUCCCAGGUUCCUGCGGACCUCAGAAUCAGCAUCAGCACCUUCUGCAGAGCCUUCCCUUUCCACCUGAUGUUCGACCCCCACAUGUCCGUCCUUCAGCUGGGGGAAGGCUUGCGGAAGCAGCUUCGCUGUGACGCUCACAAAGUGCUCAAGUUCCAGGACUGCUUCGAGAUCGUGUCUCCCAGGGUUCAUGCCGCCUUUGAGCGGGUCCUGCUGCGCCUGUCCACCCCAUUCGUGAUCAGGACCAAGCCCGAGGCUUCUGGCACUGAAAACAAGGACAAGGUGAUGGAAGUCAAAGGACAGAUGAUCCAUGUCCCGGAGUCGAAUUCCAUCUUAUUCCUGGGCUCUCCAUGCGUGGACAAGCUGGACGAGCUCAUGGGCCGAGGGCUGCAUCUCUCGGACAUCCCGAUCCAUGACGCCACCCGGGAUGUCAUUCUGGUUGGUGAGCAGGCGAAGGCCCAGGACGGCUUGAAAAAGAGAAUGGAUAAAUUGAAGGCAACUUUGGAAAGAACUCACCAGGCCCUGGAAGAAGAAAAAAAGAAGACAGUCGAUCUUCUGUAUUCUAUUUUCCCCGGUGACGUCGCCCAGCUCUUGUGGCAAGGGCAGCCCGUUCAGGCCAGGAAGUUUGACGACGUCACCAUGCUCUUCUCGGACAUCGUUGGCUUCACAGCCAUCUGUGCCCAGUGCACCCCCAUGCAGGUGAUCAGCAUGCUGAACGAACUGUACACCAGGUUUGACCACCAGUGUGGAUUUUUGGAUAUUUAUAAGGUGGAAACAAUAGGUGAUGCGUACUGUGUUGCUGCAGGACUCCAUAGGAAAAGCCUCUGCCAUGCUAAGCCCAUUGCUCUAAUGGCACUCAAGAUGAUGGAACUUUCAGAAGAGGUGCUGACACCUGAUGGAAGACCAAUCCAGAUGAGGAUAGGCAUUCACUCGGGGUCCGUGCUCGCUGGAGUUGUUGGGGUGAGAAUGCCACGAUAUUGCCUGUUUGGAAACAAUGUCACUCUGGCAAGCAAAUUCGAAUCCGGAAGUCACCCUCGGCGCAUCAAUGUCAGCCCGACCACUUACCAAUUAUUAAAACGGGAAGAAAGUUUCACAUUUAUUCCUCGGUCCCGUGAAGAACUUCCAGAUAACUUUCCAAAGGAAAUCCCUGGGAUCUGCUAUUUCCUGGAGGUAAGGACUGGUCCUAAGCAGCCAAAGCCUUCUCUUUCUUCCUCGAGGAUAAAAAAAGUUUCCUACAACAUUGGCACCAUGUUCCUCCGGGAGACAAGCCUCUGAGACCUACCGCAGAUCAAAGACUCCUCCAAAAAGCACAAGCCCAGAACAUUGGGUCAUGACAGGAGAGUGGAAUGAGAUGGUUUCUCCUUCACUACUUGGCUGAGAACAAGCAGCGGAAUUUCUGUGUUAUGUUAGGCAAUAAUCCUAGAAAAAGGUGGAUGAUGACUGUCAAUUAAAAAAAAACGGAGGGGGGGUAAUGAGAUGUGUCCAUCCAUGUGAGUGUUUUUUGGUCAUAUAUAUAUAUACACAUAUAUAUUUUAAGUACGGGCCCCCUUCACAACUAAUAAAUAGAUUCCAUGUUUUCUUGUUUGUCACACAUACAGCUAUCUUUCCCCACUUAUCUGUAUCACUUUUGAGAGCCAUUUUUGAUGACAUAUUCCUACAUUUAGUGAGUUGGUAUGUGAGGACUCUUUUCUAAUUUUGUUUUUCUGAACAGACAUUUCAUACAUACAUCAUGGCAGUGUGGUCAACUUCCCAGCAGGAAGAACUGUAACUCAGCAAAAUAUUUUAGGGAUAUUACCUAUUUUUAUACAUCUCUCUUCUAGAUAAUUACAUUUCACACAACAUUACUCGAUUUUCAGAAUCUGCUACUGUGUAGUUGGUAUAUUUAAUGUAACUGUAACCUAUUAAUCAAAUAUACUUUCACUUAUUUAGACAGAUUAGUGCUUGGACUGAGAAUACAUAUAACCAAGGACUUCAGAUGCUGAGAAAGCAUUGUAUGUCUGCUUAGUAAAUAUAUCUUUUAGAUUUAAUUAAUGUAGCAUGGAAUCCAGAGGAAAUAGAAUUUCCCAGUAAGAGAUUUAUCUGUAACUAGGAUUACAGAAAAGUCUUGUUGCCAUCUUCUAACAAACGUCAGUUAAAAUGAAAUGCUUUGCUGCAUUGGACCCUUUUCAACUUAGCACUUAUAAAAUAGGUAGUUUGUACAAUGUACUCAACUAUAUUCUAAAAAUUUCCAUGACUUGUUACCCCUCCCCCCACCUCUGCCCACUCUGCCCACUCUGCCCCCCGGAUGCUUCCUAAGGGCUACCUGACACUGGGAGCAAAUUCCUAGAUGUUGGCGUUAGUGAGAAAGAGGUUGUGGGACAUUUUGCCGAGAAUGUUGUUUCUUGAGAAAUAAGGGGGAAAAAAACCUGUGUUUUAUGGCUUUGAGGUUUAAAAAAAAAAAAAGAAAGGAAUUUUUCUUCUGCAGUUUGAUUGAUGUGGCUCUUAAAUUCAGUGAAUCACCUUCAUGAACACUGAAGUAGGUCUAACCUCCAGGCCCAGUCAUUGCCAUAGUGACAGAUAGGCUUCUAUUGCAUGUGGUGCUAAAAUGAAGACCAAGACCUGUUCCCACUAAUUAGCACUGCGUGAAAAUAUCAUCACACACUCACCCUGAAAUUAGGAGCACAGUACAUCCAGAGUUUUCCUAUUUUGGAUCUAAUCUAAAACCCAAGUUUCUACUGAGGUUAAUGAACUGGAAAUAUUUGUUUCCGUGAAACCUUGGAGUGGCCGUUUUUCUCCAGACGGUAUACUCAUUGAGAGCUUAUGUCUACUGAAUGUAAUAGAGUGAUUUCUCUGGUCAGGCAUUUUGGCUGCGUUAUGAUUUAUUUAUGCCGUAACUCAGCUACGGAGCGUAUUAACUGGUGUCCAGUGUAGUCUGUGAGGCUUGUUAGUGUUUUUAAGUUCUCUAAGUGUGUAGCUAGAAAACAUUUAUCGAUAUGCAAAGUAUUUGUUAUAAUGGUGAUCACUUCUGCAACUGUUGAACUCUGUGUCACCCCAAGGCUUAUGAGGACACUAGUGCAACACGUAGUUUGGAGACAGGAUCUAGACCAUGAGCUUUCUGAAGCCUUGCCUAUCCCUCUCCUCCCUCGGUCUAGGUCUCUGUUUUUAACAACGUGGGGGGCCAGAAGGCCAGUGUGUUUAUUUGAGGGGAGUUUUAUAGACCGGGGACAGGGUGCUCUCAUGGGGGUAAUUAUAAAGGAAUUUCUUCAGAGCCCUGGGAAAUUAACGCACUUCCUUCACGGGGAACGAGGCGGAGGUUUACAGUUGCUGUGGACGGAACAGGCUGGGAGCACCUCGGUCCUCACACUGAAAACACAACACUUUAGCCAGGUGCUCUGUACAGCACAGGGACAUGGGGAGAGAACCCAGCUUCACCGAAAUAAUUUAUGCUUAUUUUGCAUAGGAACUUAGAGAUUAUGAUAAACUAAAUAAAUGUUUUGGUGGUAAGCGAUGUGUUUCAUAACCAUAAGGCGGCAAGGGACUUAGAGUAAUCAUCCAAUCUAUUUCUCUGCUUUUUGUGAAGAUUUGUCUAAGUAACUAUUCUAGAUAUAUCAUCAUUCUCUCUAUACUUUAAGAAUAUCUGUAGGAAGCAUAUUUUAAAAACAUCAUUGAAAAUCCGCUUCAUUACCCAGUAAUUGGUAAUAGGGCCCAAGACACUAAUUGUAUAUACAUUCAAUUUGUCCAAAGAAUAACAAACUCUUUUAGUUUACAUGGUUCUACUUAGAGAAGAAGUAGCCAUUUGCAUUGUCACAAAUAUUACAAUGAAAAAUAUACCAGAGAUCUAUCAUAUAUCACAGGAUAUAAACCACACUUUUCAAACAAUGUAAUCUAAAUGUAUCCUUGAAGCUACAGUCUGAGGCAAUAGUCUAAUCUGUUACCAUAUUGCCAACCUCCUGCAGCUGAUUCUUAGUUACACUGUUGCUGUGUCUUUGCAAGUUGCUGCUAAGGUGGCUGUUCAUCCUCACCCCGCACUCACAGAAGUUAGAAGCUGUGAAAAACUAUUAUAUUUGUAUUUGUCCUACGUAAUACAGUCUACAUAUCCUCCAUUUAGGAACUGUGACUGCAACACUGGGUCAUAGUAUUUCAUUUGACUAAUAUCUGUACAGUAUUCUUACCUAAAAAUUAUUGCAAACAUCAUGCCUUGUAGUGUGGCACAUUAGAAAGAAUGUAAAUGGAUGUCCUAUUAGAAAUCACAGUGAUAUUAGAUUAGGGAAAUGGCUUUAACCCACUCUAAAAGGGAAACAUUAAAAUAUAAUUUGGUACUUACAGCUCCUCUGGUUUAGUGUUUUUUUUUUUUAAGGCAACUAUUUUGAAGUCACUUUAUGACUAGGCAUCAGUACCAGAGAUUCACAUUGGCAUCAGUAUUAUUUUGAUAGAAACAAAGUCAUUUGCAAAUAAGUCAGUUAUCCAACAAAGUCACAUAUGUACCCCCAAACAGUGCACAGUAUGUGCUUUGGGAAUCUUAAUAAAUAGGUACCAUUUACCAUAAUAAGAAAAGAAGACUCCUCAAUGCCUGCAGAACACGAAUUGUUGCGUCUCUCCACUAUAUAGCAUGGUAUAUAGCGAGGGAAAGAAGAUAACGCUUCUAUGUAAUAGGUGACCAAACUGUCUAAAACCUGCCUUGAUAUUCAUUUCUUCUACUUUAAAUUAUUUUGGAUUUCCCUUUUAAUAUAUGACUCUGUGGAGUCCAGUGAGCCGUGACCUAUUAGGACUCUGAGGCAGGCACCUCUGCCUGAGACUUAAGAGUGGGACCAUGGAUUCAGCACUUCAAAUGUGAACUCUCACAGUCUCACGCUUGGUUCUCCUGUCCAGGGAUAGCUCUGGUUGUCUGAUACUGUUAUCAGAGACAUAGUGUUCUGUUGUUAAAGUGCAAAGCGUGCCUCUCUGGGAAACACAGAGCAAAGCAAGGCAACAACUUAGACAAAAUCUUUCACAAGUGCAGCCAGGCUUUUAAUUUUGUAAAAUGCUCCAAAGAUUUCCAGCAAUAAAGCAAAAUUAAAUUGACAUAUACAAAAGGCAAAGCCUCGGAGUUUGGAAAACCACCAAACUCUGUGUUUUGUACAGAAAUAUUGCUGCCAAUUGAUAUCACAUAUUUGAGGUUGUGAGAUAUCAAGGAAGUCAAAAUCACGAUUGUAAUUAAAUGUAUUCACUGAAGGCUCCUUGGGAUCCGGGCUUGCCGAGGGAAGGUGUUAUGGAUCAUUAGGGCAGAGAAUAAAACUUGUACACGUAGGUUUCUGUCUUCUCAAGCAUUUCGAGCACUACUGAGCCCAUGCCUACUCCGUGCUGGCAGUGGAAACCUUCUCACUUCCUCAAACCCAGCCCCAACAAACACUAGCCUCUCUGCAUCUCUGACCCCAACGUGGCCACGGCAAGAGUUGCUGACCUCAGGCAGACAGGAAGACCCACGUAACGAUGCACUUCUGAAGUGGAUGAACCAUUCCCAGUUGUGCUGGGGCAUUGCUAACAUCUGAAGCUUUUCUCUGUGCUUUUUCUUCCAAAAACCACUCUGACUCCAAGCACUUAGUGUAACUACCGAAAAUUCAUUCGAAGUGAAUUAUAUAUGGCCCUGAAUAGGCUUUAGGGGACACCAGAGGCCUUUUAGCCAACAAUGCCUAGAAACUCAAGUCCAAGAACCAAGAACCAAUCAAUAGCAACCUAGGUAUUAUUAUUAGGUUACAGAUCCUCAACUAUAAAAAUUAUGUUAUUUCAGGGGCUUCUAUAAGCCUAUGUUACCAGAUACAGCUGGAAAAACAUGGUGCAUGAGAGACUGAGUAGUGAGAAUUUAACAUAUGCCAGUCUGAGUGACGAUUCCUUAUGGGCAGCUGUCAAUAUGCAUAUGCUUCCUUCACAGCAGCUAAUUUCAUAUCUACAUAAAGUGUUAACACACAUGACUGAACAAACCUUACUGUUACAGGGAUAAAUUGGCCCGAGCAGUGGACUCAGUUUGAGGGUCCUCGAGGUGGUGAAUGAAGAACAGACACUGCCAUUAUAUACAGAUGAACAUAAAUCUUGUCAGAAUACACUGAGAUAGUGUGCAAAAUUCCUUCCUCACACUUGAAACCUAAGUAUUACUGUCCUGCCACCUUUGUUUCCUUCCUUUGUUCCUUUUCCCUUUCAUUAAAAAAAAAAAGUCAAUGAUACAGUCAAUCUCAUGUUGUAAAAUAGUUUCAGUUUUCUAAAGUAAUGAAUCCUUUUUGUGGGUGGAUGUAGGGAUGUGUGCAUGUAGAUAUUACAUGUUUAAAAGGAGUGACAUUUUGGAAGGGCCUGGAAUGUUGAGAAGUUUGCAUUUUUAUUUCCAAUAUGUUGUGACCAGAACACAACUUCAGUCAAGUGCUUCAUUGUAUUCCCAUCCUUAUUAAGAAAUUAUCCUGUUCAAUGGUUCAGCUCAUCAGCAUGACAGUAUCUGGCUGCCCCUGUAAGAAUUACCUAGGAAGCCUUCAGAAAUACAAAUUACUGAGCUUUACACCUGCAAAGAUUUGGAUUCAGUAGGUGGCAGGUGUGGCCUAGGAGUCUGUAUUUAGAAAAUCACUCUAGGUAAUGAGAAUAUAAAGCCAGAUUUGGGCAUCACUGAAGAGCAUUCAAAUAAUCCCAAUUACCAGGAAUAAAAGCAAGUUGACUAAGAGAGUAGUGUAUUAUUUCAUUUGUAGUUAUUUUGAAAAGCGAAGUAUUCUGAGCUUUGUAGCAUUAUUUCUUUCACAAGUUUUAAUUUUAGCUUUGGUCUCAAAUUUACAGUCUGCUUUUGGAGCAGGAGUCUUCAAACUUAUUAGAAACAGAAGUCAACACUAAUAAGCAUGAGGAAAGAAUAUUGCUCAUUAUAGGGCUAUUAGGCGCAGUAGACACAGUACCAUUUUCUGAGUUACCACCAGAGCUGUGCAGUAUCUCACAGUAUUUACCAGUCCGCACCACCAGGCUAUAAACUACAAACUUUUGGACAGAGAAGUGAAUGUCAAAGUGACAGCUUGAUUUCCGAAUGCUUUGAUUUUUAUAUUCUAAAGAAAUCACCAACUUAAUACUUAGUCUCACUCUGUACUUCUCACACUGAAUUGUGCAUUCAUCUAAAAAUGAUUUCCUAGCAAUACUUUAUUACAACCUUUCAAGCAAUAAUUUAAGCCAUGGUAUGAUGCCAUAUAAAACCUGCACUUCUGUGCACUUCAUAGAACCUUUAGGGAAAUAGAGACAUGUUUUAUACAGCAAUAAUAUAGCUGGUGUGGACUUUCAAAAGAUAGUCGUGAUUCUCCUACAGCAAAAUGAGCAAGUGAUAACUUGGAUAAAAAUUAUCUGAGCAAACGACAUGGUUCAUCUAUCUCAGAAGCCGUUCAUUUGCACACAUGCUAUGAAGUAAUAGACUCCCAUCAUGUUAUUUCUGUUGGAUAAUGUUAAAAAUACCUAUCAUAAUAUGAUUUCUAUUCCUCUGAAGAGAUCUGUGUAUGUAAUGUUGCCCAGACUUUCAGAUCUUUGUAGAAUAUCAUAGUGAGGAGUAUUUAAGGACGGAUAAAUGAGUAAAGGUACAGCAAAGGUUGGAUGAGUUGAUUGAGAAUGUAGGCUUUGCAAAAACAUAGAUGGAUCUUGGGAUAAGUUAAUUCAAUUCUUGCUUUGGUAAGGUCUUAGAAGAUGAAAGAUUAAAGAUAAAAAGAGCUCAUUACUACUGUUUUCUAUGAUGGCAAAUAUUUAGUAAGUAAAAUAGUGUGGUUGGAUGUCAUCUGUAGUAUAAUGAAUAAACAUCUGAAAAUGAUUAUGGAGCCAUAUUGAAAAUAACUUGCCCUUCUCUAUUUUGAUGCAAGCACUAAAGCUUAUAUAUUUCAAAAUGAGUAAUUCAUAUUUUUAACCCUAAAAUGCAAUUUUAAUCAAAUAUAGAAUAGUCAAUAAUAAUCAGUCCUUUAUAGUUAAAUUACUCCUCCAUCAUUCGGCAUAACAUAGCUCAAGGCAGGUGGUAAACUUAUGUUACAAUGAGGAACUUCUAAACAUCAGGUUGUUAUUUAGCAAAGUCAUAUAAAUUUAGGAUCCAUUCCUAAACCUCUAAAUAAGAUUACAGCUCCUAUUAUUGCCUCUCCUCUCUGGGUAAGCUCUCUUCUAAUCAUGAAUCUGAAUACAAUUGGAGUGGUGGGUGGGUUUGCUGCUGGUUUACCUUUCUGUUAACCAUUGCAAAACUUAAGGUAGCAUCCUUCUUUUCACAAUUUAGAAACCCCCCCCUGUAAAAAUCCAACAGGAUUGUUCAUUCCCUGAGAAAGUUUUUGAUAAUUAUCUUUUUGCAUAUCAUUGGAUGCUUAAUUCUUCAUAAACAUGCUUCUCAUUGUUAACAAAUAAUGGAAAUACUUAAUUUGAACCUAUUAUGGUGAAUUUAUCCUUUCAUUUAAUUCAUCUAGCUGGUGAUCAGAUCAUUCUAAAUAUUAGACUUAUGUACUGUUGCUUAUUAUUUGAAAGCAGAAAAAAAGCAAGCGUAAGUAAUAUCUUGUUUCUGAGUCUUGAUGCAUAGUUUGAAAAUAAAGGAAUCAGUUCAUAUUCAGCCUUCUUCUGUGGCCUUUUCACUAUUUGGAGAUAAAGAGGGGAUUCUACUAAAUCUGUUUUUACUGUGGUCUACUAAAUGUAAUUAAAUAUAAGUAGGACCGUAAUGCAUUAAUUGGGGGUACUAUCAGAAAUGUGCAGAAUUGCUUCUUCACACCACCCCACUUUUUAAAGACAAGCCUCGUAUUUUUCUGCCUGGCAGUUGUACAUCAGACCCAGGACCCAGGGACAGAUGGAGAGGGUGGGGAUGGGCAAGAGCUUUAGAAGAGAGGGAGCAAAAAGAUUUAAUUGUUUUCUGCAUGAAGGUACAGAUACUCUUAAAGGAGAGGCAGUUUCCAUAAUAGACACAUGUGGUUUAAUGGAAACCAGAUGACUUAUUUGACUGCUGGUCAUUCUUAUUUUAACAAGAAAAGAGGAAAAUAAAAUCCUUCACAAGCCAUUUUCAGUUUUCUUGGGAGGUAAUGUCAGCCUCUCAGCAGCUGCACAGAUCAGUGCAACUGGGAUUAGAACCUCACAGAGCUAUAGAUAGAAACUCUCUGAAGGUGGCAGGUAGAACUAGUCUUGGUUACCAUGAUGAAGGUAAAUGAAGAUGUCAGAACAUCUGGACUGAAGGAACAAAUAGGUAGGCCAGAUGCCAGCCCUGCCAUAUGUCACAGAAUAGCCUGCUAAAAUUAGCACCAAAGAACCAACUUCCAGCGUGCAAGUGAUAUUAAAACAUUUUUUCCCCUUUUAUAACACGCCUGGCUGAGCUAAUGCCCAGUGAGAAGAAUACAAUUUAAUUUUACACACGCUUUUGCUGUGUGUUCUGACAUUACAGAAAUGAUCUCUUUCCCUAGUUGGGAAAUUUAAUCAGAAAGAAUGAAAAAUACACUGUGUUUUAAAAUCAGUAAAAAUCAUUUUUGGAGCCAUACUCUAUUCCAUAUUCUUCUCCACAUCGUCCUCAAGUGGGGCUUGGGCUGCUAGCAGAACAAGUGUUGGACUUUAGACAGAAGCCCUUCUGACCCUGAGUCCAUCCAGCUCCUGCGGGGAGGCUGCAGAGUUGGAGCUGGGAGGAGUCACCUGAGCAGGGGAGGGCGUUCUGCGGGAGAGAAGAGCUAUUCUCUGUCCUCCGAAAUUAGAAGUGGCUAGGUAGCUCUAAUCCACACUGAGAGAUGUUUCACUUAUAUGUAACGGGUUAAUUCAGGCAGAGAUUGUUUAGGACAGAAAAAUUUUUAAGGGAGUAAACAAAUCUGAAUCACUUUUCAUCAGAAUUAUCAGCUAGAAAAAGAAUUUAGGACAAAGAUUUGCUGUCUUGAAAGAGUCAGCUUACGUCCCAGUCAGAAUGCUAGACCCUUUUUGAAAGCUUUCUAAAUGUAUCAAGUUCUUCAGCACUGAGAAAGAAAGAUAAUUUUAUUGGUGGAGUCCUUAAGGCUUUGUCCCCUGGAAAUACCAUAUAAUCAUGAUAUGCAUUUAAAUCAUUUUUUUCUCUAUGUUUUCCAUUUGUGGCAGAAAAAAUACAGAGGAUGUCACAAAAACAGACUUACAAAUUGUGGCAUUAAGCCAUGGUUUACAAAUUUGGCAACAUUCUUUUACUUAAAAUACUGUGCUGUUUUUAAUGACAUAAGGGAAAAGAAGAAUCGUCAAGUAAUACUGUAUUAAGACUUGUGCACGUUAGGAUGAUUCAUAUCCAUAUUCCUAUUGUUCUCAGAAUAAAAUCUAAGUCAAAGCUAAUUUAUAUUCAAAUCAUUUGAACAAUAAAUAUAAAUAUUCUGCAUCACCUCUGACUAACAGGAAUCUAUACAUGUCUGAACCCAAUGAGACAUCAAAUCCUAGAACUGCUCUACUUUUACGGUCUCUACUUUAUGCUCAAUACUGCUAACUUUCAAGACCAGCAAGAGAAGAUAGCUUUCUUUUGAGGGUGGGGGUGAUCCGGAUCAAAUCUGGAUCAAUAUAUUUAUGUAUAACCACUUAAAACAUUUUUUUUUUGCUUUUUUUCAUUCAAAUCUCCAUGAAGUGGAACAAAAUAUUGGAGUGGCCAAGAUAGUUUAUCAACAACAUGAAAUUUUGGUAUAAAUUACCUUCCAAAUUUUAUUGGUAUAAAUUACCAUGUUGAAAUGAAAGCCAAAGCUUGGCUUGGAGUCUCAGAUGAAUUGUUUUUAUGUUACUUGACUACAAAGAACUACCAGGAAAAAAUUAACUCUUAUGGUAGGUCUCAUCCUAGCCAGGAGGAUCUCGAUAACCUAGAUGACUGCAUGACUUCCUAUACUAAUUCAGAGAGGUGUUUUUAAAAAUUCUUUAAUUUUUGCUCUUGUACAAAGACGAUUAGUGGGUGACAGCCAAAAUUAUUAUUCCUUUUUUAAAUCUGCUUCAGCUGUGUCAUCAGGCACUUGUCAAGUCCGUCCCUUUCGCCGUUAUAUCACGCAAUGACCUGGGAUAAUGGGUCCCCAUCGCUUUUACUUUCUUCGAUCCUUAAAAACACCCUACUCCCUAUCUAAAAGAAUCCUCCUACUAACAUGCGAAUGGAUACCUAACUAUAGGAGGUACCCUAUUUAUUUUAUGAGCAUCUAUUAAAUACUUUUGACUGGAUUCAGCUGGACUGCAGGAAAAAGGACAGCAAUAGGGAAGAUGAAGAGAGACAGGAAAAUCCAGUUUUGCCUACAUCAAAAUCAGGUCUAUAGUCCAGGCCCAUUAACCCAGAAGAAAGCUGGAAAAAAAAAAAAAAAAGAUGAACCGAUUAUAGAUUUUUAAAUACGGCGUUCAUAUUUAACAGAAUGUCAAAGUUCAUCAUGUCAAAGCUUUGAUAAACAAACUUUGAAAAAACAUGCUCAUCGGAAUGAAUCUAUUUAAAAGUACAAGAACUCCUUGCCUUAUAAGAUGCCCCCCCGCCCCACCCCCAUGCAGCAUUUGUCUUCCGUUGGGAAAAUGUGGAACUAUGUCUUCAGUCAGUAUUCGCCGUAUGUCCUCACUAAAUGCUAGUAUAAUCUUUACGAUGAUGAGAGACAGUGAAAGGGCCCAAAUCUCAAGUGUGGCUAUAACUUGAGCAUCAGUAGAAUUCGAUACUGUUUCUGAGGAAGGGUCUUGGCAAGUGUAAGGGGCAUGGCCUCUGUGUCCAGGUGUUGGGGGCAGGAGACUAAUCAGGCCCUCAAAGGUGGCCAGCAUCCUCAGCUUCUCCCUUUUCUCUUUUCAUUCUUUCUUUCUCUCCUUCCCCUCCCCCACUUCCGUUCUCCUUCCUACCUUCCUUUCUUCUUUUCUUAUGAAAGGUGUGAAAAUACUGCUUCACUAUUUGGCUUCUAUUUUUCACUUGCACAUUACUGAGCACAGUGUGGCUUCAGGAGAUAAGAAAAAGAAGGUGCACUCCUAGAGAUCAUUUGGGGAAGGAAGUGACUGAGAUAACUGAGGCGCUGGCUUCUCAGUUCACAAGACGGGAGAUUAACAUACAUCUAUGUUUGUUCUUUUACACCGAAUUUGAACACUUUCUCAAGAAGUAUCAGGGUCAAGUUUUUUGGACAAUCUCCUAUUUUUGCCCCCACAGAAAUCUUCAUUUAGAAAAAUCCUCUUAUUUUCAAAUAGUAAAUGUUUAUUUGGGUACCACACUGCUCAUCACUGAAAUAGAAAAGAAGCUUCUUCCACUUGUAAGGACAUUGGUUUUUAAAAAUGACUUUCCAGUAGGGCCGAUACACUCAAUGCUACUUGAUUUUACUGGGUCUUCUCUAGAGGUGACUACCAUACCGUCCUGCCUGCAUGUGCACCCCUGUAACUUAGUUUGGCGUAACAUGGUGUUUGGGGUUCUUUUUUGAGGGUCUGAAAACAUUUGCCAUCAAUUUUGCAAGUCUACUGUAUUGAAAAAGCAAUAUACCAUGUAUCCCCUAUUUUUAGCUGUCUUUGAGAUCCUAGUGUAUAUUCAGAUAGCUAUUUAUACCACAAUUUCCACAGAUUUCGCCAGAAUUAACUAAUUACCAUGCUCUUGAAUACAGACAGACACAGGUUGGAUCAUUUACAAGUCCCAAUUCAAAGCCAUUUUUUUUUUCAGGGAAAAUUCAAUCAUUUCUAGCAAAGUAUUUUAUUCUUGAGGGAAAAGAAGUAAAUUAUCUUAUUUAAAAGAGUAAAAAUGAAGAAGACAUUAUGCUUUUCAUUUUAGGUAUGCUCAACACUAGAAUCAUUUGAGCAAGUAUUGAAUAAGAUUUAAAGAACCUUUUAUCCCUGAACUGAAAAUAUUUUCAUUUUUUGUUAGUGUAUUAAUAAUAUAGUCAAACUCCUUAUCAAGUAAUCUCCAUGAUGUAAGCUUGUGUUAAUUAACAGAAAAUUAUAUAGAAAUAAUACAGCUUUUGUAUUUUUCUGAAAAGAUAUGCUUCUGUAAGUCAUAUCUUUGAAUUUUGGUUCUCACUUCUCAUUUAGAGGUUUUUUUUUUUUUUUUUUUUUUUUUUUUUAGUACAUCUCAAGGGUCUUCUAACUCUAACAGAUCAUGUAGUCAGUACAGGGAAAGGGUAGGACAACUUCAGAAAAAUUAAAAACUUGAAAAGGGUAAAUUUCAAUGUCAAUUGACAUGUAUUUAUUUCACACUGACUUACUGUGAAAUUGUGAAGAAAGAGGCAGCUACCAUAUAAAUUGACACUUAGAAAAAUACAAAGUACUUUCUUCCUGUGAUUUCCAGUGUUAAGAAAGUCUGUGUCUUGAGAUAAUACAAAAUAUUAAUACUUGUUUGCCUUUAAUGCCUUUGCCAUUUUUAUUUCUUGAAGGAAAUAUGUUUAAUAAUCACUGUAAAAAUAGUACAAAUGUGGUUAAGGAAAACAGGAGAAAUUAAGAUCACAUGUGAAACAGCAGUGACCCACAGUCCUAUUUUCUCCAUUUUGUUGUUCCUGCUGAAUUGGCAUCUAAGGCCCAGACUAGCAAAGUUUAUAAGCUACUAAAUCACUGUCUCCUUUAAGAAUUUGGAGAUAAGCAAAAAUUAUUCCAACUAUGUGGACAUUAAUUCAGCCAUCCUGGCAGGUUUUGACUACCAUGAAAAUCAGGUUAGGUUCAAAUUUGAAAAAUGGACCAUGGAGAGAAAGACUUUCUUAUUUUUCUUAGAGAUGGAUAAACAGCUUUUCCCUUAUUAAAAAAAAAAAAAAA